UAAGAACUUAUUUUCGAUUACUGGAAUUGUCUGUUGUUAUUUUUACUUCUUUCCUUCGUAUUUCGAAUUGAAGCCUAGAUUAGGUUCUUUCGAAAUUCAGUACAAAUAUCGAUAUCUUAAAAGCCACAUUUUAGCUUUUUCAAAUACGAACCCAACGAAAGGAAAGAAAGAAAUGGCGAGCAACAAUAGCGAAGUGGACAGUGAGGCUACGGAGCUCACGACAUUCGAUCCUCAAGAAGCAAUGAAAAGAGGACAAGAGAGAAAAGUUAGAUGGGUGUACCAUGACGGAGUCCGCAACAAGAAGGAAGACGUUUCUACCGUAGACGAGGUUAUGGCCGAUGUGGAACAUGUAUUAAAAGGAAAUUAUGGUAAUUUGAAAGCACUUUCGUUUAGAAAUCCCGCUACGUUCAAGGCAGGGGAGUUACGAUCGCACGCUGACUUGUGGGAGAUAAUCUUGGAUGGCUACAAAGACAAAGCCAAUGUUAUGAAGUGGGUUCGGUCAGGAGUGGAUAUCAAAAAGUUCUUUCAAUAUUUCGAGGGCGAAUUCAAUGGUGAGAGAUUCAAUUCACCAUUUCCAAGCACGAAAGAACUCCCAAAUCACAAAUCCUGUUAUCAAAAUACAAGUUUUGUCUCUCAAACUCUCAUGGAAGGCCUUGAAUCUGGAGCAUUCCGGUUUUGGGGAAAAGUAGGAGAGGUAGGAGUAAAGCCCCCUUGGUUGGUCCUUCCAAUGAAAGUAGAGCCAACGAAGCCCAGACUGGUUAUAGAUGCACGAUAUUUAAACCUGUGGAUGAAGGAUAAUCCUAAWUCCUUUUCCUUGGAGUCGCUGGAUGUGGUCCCUAAUUUUGUGCAUAAAAAUUCGUUCAUGACAAAGAUCGACGACAAGUCUGCCUAUCAUCAUAUUCUACUCUCUCGAAACUCGCAGGAGUAUUUCGGGAUUGAAUGGGAAGGUUGGUGGUUAGUUUGUACAAGUUUGCCAUUUGGUUGGAAGAACGCGYCGUAUGUGUACCAAACCGUUGGUCUUGGCGCUACUCACUUCUUUAGGAGUCGGGGAAUCGCCAGCUCCCUAUACAUUGAUGACCGUUUGAAUGGAGAACUAUUAACAGAAGAAGGCCGCUGGUCUCUACCAAUUGCUCAACGCAGCCCUGAAUUUAGUCUUCAAGCAGCAAAAGCUGCUGUUUAUGUUGUCUGUAAAAUCCUUGUUAAUUUGGGGUACUUUCUUGGCUUGCAAAAAUGCGUUUUUGAGCCUUCGACUAGCAUUGUUCAUCUUGGCAUGCUCAUAGACUCUAUUACUCAGUCUUUCUCGGUUCCCCCGGAAAAAAAGGAUAAAUUUCAAAAACUGAGAGAAGAAAUUCUUAAAAGUAAGUCAUUUGCCACUCGACAAUCUCAGCUCAAAAAGCUGAAAGGAAAAUGUUUGUGGUUUUCAAAGGCUUUUCCAUUAGCAAACUUCUAUGUCAGAGAAAUUAGAAAAGCAACUAAGCGGAAUCGACUCCAAGCAAGCCUAUCUCGACGUUUACGUCAAGAAAUAAAAUUUUGGAGAUUUCUUGACGACUGGAAUGGUGUUAUUUCAUGGAGAAGGGACAAGACUAUCAGAGUAUCUUUGUCCAUCUCACCGCUCCAAUGGGAAGCUAUCAUUCACUUACCAUCUGGGGAACAGCGUAGUUUAAAUAGGGUGUUUAAAAGAGAACAACCAACCGCCGUGUUAGGGAUCCAGGCUGUGGAACGUGUUCUGAAGAAACUUCCAAGUGAUCUCAGUGAUUGUGAAGUGGAGAUUGCUGUAAAUAGCAAAGAAGUUAUUGACGAGUGGAAACAGGGCAAAUGCCKUGUCAAAUCAUAG